UAAUUGACGAGUCGUAGUUGUCGUAAUUCCAUAUAACCUACUCCUCCGAAACGUACAGAUCCUGAACCUCCCCAGAGUACAGGGCGUUUGGGAACCGAGCCCACACUGGGGAGCCGUGCAAUUCCGACUAAUUCAUCUAAUCCUUGCACCCCUUUCUCCAUCUGGCAGGUCAUCGUUGAUCAGGCGAUGCAGAGCUUGUUGAUGGCUGGCAGAGAUCCAUGGAUGUUCUCCUCAUCUACGAAGAAUCGUGGGGACCCACUCCUACUAAGUUGCUGCUCAUUAAUUUUCUCCUACCUUGGCACUUGGAUCCGCAAUUGGCGCUAUGGUUGCUAAACAAUGGUUGUUUGAGGUACAUGACAGACUUGACAUUUGAGUUCCGGAAACAGGACUCGCCGGAACGAUACCAGCGAGAGGCUCGACUUCAUAAAUUCCGCUACAACGGACUUACGAAGUGGUAUGUGCCAGAGAUCAUCGCUCAUUGCGUUGCGAAUUGCCUUGCUGCUCUUCUGGGUGAAGCUUAUUCAUUAUCUGUGUGUGACCUUGACCUCUACACAUCCAUCCUAGUCCUUGCCAUCACCGGGGCCUUCUUCAUAUUCUACUUACGCUGGAUCCACGAUUUUUCCUUCUAUAUUCAGGAGCGCAGCAGCGGCCGCACAGCCCGCAGUAGACACUGCCGAAAGGACAUACCGCAGCAGAUGGAAGGAGUAGGAACGACAGAGGGGUCGUUGCCAUUAAUGAUCUUGGAAUGAUGGCAAUGUAACAACAUGGGAGAAUUACGUUCUUUCGCAGCGCAUUCCUUUACUGGUGAGGCCUUUACUGGUGAGGGAUUAUGGAUGUGUUCAAUUAUUGUCUUAGAACAACCAACACGGUUCUAGUUUAAUCUUAAUUAGAUAUAGACACUUUGAGCCAUUACGUCAAUUGAAGGGCAU